AAUGGAGCGUCAAGAGCACGAGUCAAGCAAGAACGAGAGAGGAGGAGAUGAGCAGCGAGACGCCUCUCCCACACCGGAGUCUGGUGAGCAGUCGAGCAGUGAGCAGCCACAGGAGGGCGCCACCAUGAGACGUACGGAUGUAUACUGGCGCGUCCCAGGAGAGGAGAAGAACAUGGGCGUGGACUACAAGACCCCCAGCAGCGAUUCCAUACCCAUGAAGACUCUGUACGCUGAGGACGGCUCCCCUCGCCCGUCCCUGGGCCCGUACAUGUCGGAUGGCCAUAGACGCGUGGACUACGUCCUGGCCUACCACAUCCCCAAACCCGCCAGCGCUCAGCGUCACUCCAACAAGUUUGGGGAGGGCAACUUCAUCCGGAGGCUCCGGCGCAGUCUGAGCAUGAGGAGCAGCCGUGCGCCCCUCCAGCCCAAAGAGGAUCCAGAGCUGGCCGCACAGGAACAACCGCACGACUACCACGAGGACGACAAGAGGUUCAAGAGGGACGAGUUUGAGCAGAACCUCCGGGAGACCGGCCUGGAGCUGGAGAAGGAGGAGCUGAGCAACAUCCCUGACACGGGUUUCCUGAAGAUCCACGCUCCUUGGCAUGUUCUUUGUCGAGAGGCAGAGUUCAUGAAGCUCAAAAUGCCAACCAAAAAGUUUUAUGAGGUUAAACAGGGCAGUAACGUGGUGGAGAAAAUCCGGCUUUUCAUUCGUAAGGUCACAGCUCCUCUGCACCCGAAGGUGGACUCCAACCGCCCGCAGAGCAUCAAGUGGCUGUGUCACCCAUUCUCCAGGGAGAAGCAGCACCUGUUCGAUUUGUCCGACCGAGACAAGUUCUUCGACAGCAAGACCAGAAGUUCAAUAGUGUAUGAAGUGUUGAAGAGGACCAGAUGCACCCGGGCCAAAUACACCAUGGGAAUCACCAGUCUGCUCGCCAACGGCAUCUACAGCGCUGCCUAUCCACUGCACGACGGCGACGUCGAAGGGGUGACUGCAGAACCCAAUGACAGGAAGCUGCUCUACGAGGAGUGGGCCAGCUACAGUGUUUUCUACAAGUACCAGCCCAUCGGACUCAUCAGGAAGUACUUUGGGGAGAAGGUGGGGCUGUACUUCGCCUGGCUGGGAGUCUACACACAGAUGCUGAUCCCUGCUUCUCUGGUGGGAGUGAUCGUGUUUCUGUACGGCUGUGCUUCUGUGGAUGACAAUAAACCGAGUAUGGAGAUCUGUGACGUCCGGAACAAUAUUACCAUGUGCCCACUGUGCGAUCAGGCCUGCAGCUACUGGAAGCUGACCGACGCCUGCGGCACUGCCCGGGCCAGCCACCUGUUUGAUAACCCAGCCACUGUCUUCUUCUCCAUCUUCAUGGCUCUGUGGGCUGUCCUGUUCAUGGAGCACUGGAAGAGGAGGCAGAUGAGACUCAACUACAUCUGGGACCUGACGGGCUUCGCCGAGGAAGAGGAGGAGGAACACAAGGACCACAAUCGGGCUGAGUAUGAGUUCCGUGUCAUGCAGAAGUCAUUGAAAAAGGAACAUUGCACUCCCAAGGGGGAGAAGGUGAAGCUGACCUGCACAGACCGGAUGCCAGCCUACGUCACCACUCUGGUCAUCAUGUUGUUCAUGGUCGUGGUGACCUUUGCCAUUGUGUUCGGGGUCAUCCUGUACCGCAUCAGUAUAAAAGCGGCGCUGCACAUGAGCACGUAUCCCGCCGCACGCUCCAACAUCCGAGCAACUGUGAAGACCACGGCCGCCAUCAUCAACCUCAUCAUCAUCAUCAUCAUGGACGAGAUCUACGGAGCCGUGGCUCGUUGGCUCACCACCAUGGAGGUCCCAAAAACCGAUAAAAGCUACGAGGAGCGUCUCAUCUUCAAAACGUUCAUCCUGAAGUUUGUCAACGCCUUCACUCCCAUCGUCUACCUGGCGUUCUUCAGGGGCAGGCUGGUGGGACGUCCCGGGGCGUACCUCUAUGUGGUAGGAUCAUACAGAAUGGAGGAGUGCGCAUACGCCGGCUGCCUCAUGGAGCUGUGUAUCCAGUUGUGUAUCACCAUGCUGGGGAAGCAGCUCAUCCAGAACAACCUGUUUGAGAUUGGCAUACCGAAACUGAAAAAAUUGCUCCGAAAGCGAAAGUCAGAGCUGGACAGAGGCAGUGAGGAGGAGCGACACAAGACGCUGGGGAGGCACGAGAAGGACAUGAUCCUGGGACCAUUUGUGGGACUGAGCCCUGAGUACAUGGAGAUGAUUAUCCAGUUUGGGAUGGUGACUCUGUUUGUGGCGUCCUUUCCCCUGGCUCCCGUCUUUGCUUUGCUGAAUAACAUCAUUGAAAUUCGACUGGACGCUAGGAAAUUUGUGACGGAGCUGCGCAGACCCAUAGCGGCCAAAGCCAAAGAUAUCGGAAUCUGGUACAACCUUCUGAGAGGCCUGAGCAAAGUGGCAGUCAUAGUGAAUGCCUUUGUGAUCUCAUUCACGUCGGACUUCAUUCCUCGCCUGGUUUAUCAGUACUCCUACAGUAAGGAUGGUUCCUUGGCUGGCUUUGUCAAUCACACUCUGGCCUACUUCAAUGUCAGCGACUUUCAGCCUGGCACCGAGCCUCUGGACCCCAACAACCUGGGCUACCACGUACAGUUCUGCAGGUACAAGGACUACAGGGAGCCGUCCUGGUCCAGCAACAAGUAUGAGCUGUCCAAAGAGUUCUGGGCCAUCCUGGCCGCUCGCCUGGCCUUCGUCAUUGUGUUUCAGAACGUGGUGAUGCUGAUGAGUGAUUUUGUGGACUGGCUCAUCCCGGACAUCCCGAAGGACAUCAGCCUGCAGAUCCACAAGGAGAAGAUCCUGAUGGUGGAGCUCUUCAUGAAGGAGGAGCAGGGGCGCAGACUGGCCCUGAGGGAGAAUCACCAUGCCCAGCAGGACAACUGCUGCACAUCCUCCGGCCCCGAAAGCCCGCCACAGCCCCGGUCACGACCCGCCUCCCACUCCUACUGCUAGGACUCCACAAGCCGCACGUGUACAUAGCACCGACGCUACCAGACUUUUUAUAUAUCCAGCUUUGUUGAAUUUUGAAACGAUGUUAUCCAUAUGACAGUGUUUCCCAUUAAAGGGCCCAUAUUACUCUAUUUUUACUCUAUGUUAUAGUGUUGUUUCCUCAUCACCAACAGACCUGGAGUUGUGUUUUGUUUCAUUCACACAUUUAACACACAAACUCUGCAUAUUUUAGCUGAGCUCUUCUCUCAAACUUAAAACACUCCACUGUCACAUCACAAGGUGGAACAGAGUGUUUUGAACUUUGGAGCUGCAGCCAGACUAAUAAUAAAGAGUUACAAACAUGUGUGAAUGAAACAUAAAUAAACACAACAGGUCUGUUUUUGAGGCGGUAACAACACAAAGCUUAAAGCUCACAAGAGUCCAUUUUCCGUAAUGUAGGACCUUUAAUAGGGGAGACUAUGGUGC